AUGCCUUCUGAAACCAUUUGGUCAAAUAAUACAUCCCCUAUCCAGUCUCAUCCUGGACUUGCAUCAAACGCUACCUACAAAAGCGUCUUGGAUCAGGUUGAUCCUGAGGUAGCCAACUUGUGGGCAACACAAUCCAAUUCCGAUAGACCUUUAUCUUUGAAUGACGGGAGUGAAAUAGAUAAUAAUUUAUUUGGCAUCAAGAAGACUUCCCUUUCCGCUAUAACUGCACCUGUCGGAAAUUAUCUUCAAAAUAACCAAGGUUUAAACUUUGUUGGUACGGCGUCCAUCAGUGGUGGUAUUGCAAGUAGGCAUCAAAUUCCUCAAGAAUCAUUCUUACAAAAGUUUGCUCUGGUUACAGAUGCCACAAGAGAUAUUGAACUUUCAAAUGGACUUGGAAAGCUUAGUUUGGAUUCACAACCACAACGUAGAACAAGUCUUGGUGAAAAUAAGAGUUCACUCAAACCUUUUUCUCCUUCCGGUUCCUUGAAUGAAAAUCUUAACAUGCCUGUUCGUAACUCUCGAAACCAAUCUAUUAGUGAAAAGAUAGAUAGUUACAACAAUUCCUCACCAAUCCAGUCAACUGCGGCCUUAUCCAUUCAUUCAGAUUUGAAUUCAAAUAAUGAACCGCUUGUGGGCAACAACAUAGGAAAUUCUCAACCUGGUGCCAACAGAGGGAAACCUGCUUUCUGGAACCCAGCUACGGCAACUUCAUUCACUCCAAAUAUGGUUGGUGCGCCAACUGGGGGUUAUGGGUAUUUGAUGGAUAACUCAGGGAAUAUGGCAUUCCCAAUGAACUUUGGACCUUACCGAAAUGGUGGUCAAGGUAUUCCGCCUGUGAGUCCUCCACCAUUUGUAAUGGCAUCUCCUCCCCUGUUUAUUGAUCCAUCAUUAUAUAAUGUUGUUUCAUUUGAAAAUUCACCUAAAAAAUCUGAAAAUGAUGGAGAACUUGAUAAUGCUGUUGAUGAAAUUACUCCUGGAAUCUCUUCUUCUACUUCUGAGGAAAAGGUCAAUGAUCUGAGUGUGAAGAACCACUCUCCUGUGAUCAAUACCCCAAAUGGAAAAAAUGGUAUUGGAUUGAUGAGCCGUCAAAUGCCUGGGGGCUCAGCUUCAGGUUAUAUGUUUCAACCUUUCAACCCUUACAUGUAUCAGCAGUCCCCAUCUCCGGUUGCUCAAAUGCCUCCUGGAUCUGCAACUCCUGGUAUUCAAUCAACACCAAUGAUGCCACCUAUGUUUGAUGGCAGACCAAAUACUAAUGCACCAUCUCAAACUGGAAAUACCUCUAACGAAAGGCAUCAAGGAGGUUCUGCGGGUAGUGGAAAUAGUACGGGAAAUUUUGGGAACAGAACUGGUGGUGGUAAACGUAAGAAUGGUUUGAAAUCAAGUAAGGGCCCCAGUCAUAUUUACCGGUCUCCAUUAUUAGAAGAAAUUCGGAAUAAUACUGAAGGAAAAGAUUACUGUUUAAAGGACAUUUAUGGGCAUGCUGUUGAAUUCACAAAGGAUCAGCAUGGAUCUCGUUUCAUACAACAGAAGCUUCCUAGUGCUAGCGAAGAAGAAAAGGAAGUGAUUUUCAAUGAAAUUAGAAGUAUUUCUUAUGAUUUGAUGACCGAUGUUUUUGGGAAUUAUGUUAUCCAAAAAUACUUUGAAUAUGGAAGUACAACGCAAAUUAAUAUUUUGCUUGAUUACAUGUUGGGUCACAUUUAUGAUUUAUCAUUGCAGAUGUAUGGUUGUCGUGUUGUUCAAAGGGCACUUGAAGCUAUUGAAGUGGAUGGCCAGAUCAAAAUUAUUAAGGAAUUGCAAGAUCAUGUCCUUGUGUGCACCAAAGACCAAAAUGGUAAUCAUGUGAUUCAAAAAUCCAUUGAAAGAAUUCCCUUUGACAGAAUUAGGUUUAUCUUGGAUGCAUUGGAUAACCAUAUUUAUCAUUUAUCAACUCAUCCUUAUGGAUGUCGUGUGAUUCAAAGAUUGUUGGAGUUUUCUGAUGUGGAAGAUCAAAAGAAGAUCUUGGAUGAGUUGAAUCGAUUUAUCUUCUAUUUGAUUCAGGAUCAAUAUGGUAACUACGUGAUGCAACAUAUAUUAGAAAGGGGUUCAGAAGAAGAUCGAGAAGAAAUCUUACAAGUGGUAUUGGGAGGAGUUGUGAACUUUUCAAAACAUAAAUUUGCUUCGAACGUCAUUGAAAAAUGUAUUAAAUAUUGUUCAUUAACGCAAAAGAAGAAGAUUCUUCAUGAAGUAAUGCUCAAUAAUGAAGAUUUGGAACUUGACUUUGUUAACGAUGAUUCACCCUUGGCAUUGAUGAUGAAGGAUCAAUAUGCAAAUUAUGUUAUUCAAAAAUUAGUUGAAGCAUUCGAUACCAAAUCCGACGAAAAGAAGCUUUUGGUAUUGAAGUUACGACAAUAUUUAAAACAAUUAUCUUCUAAGAAUGGUUACGGAAAGCAUUUAGCUUCUGUUGAGAAGAUGAUUUUUGUUGCGGAAACUGCUUUAGUGGAAGCUGACACCAACUAA